AUGGACACGCCGCCCGGGCCUGCCACGUUGCCGGCCGUGUCCUCGCUGAGGGCCCAGCAGUCCAACCCCAUGGAGAGGACCAUCAGUCAGGACAUUCGAGAAGAGCGAGAGGAGCUCCGCGAGGCCGUGGAGCAGACCCAAAACACCAUCGUCGACCUCAACCUGGAUGGGACGAUCAAAUGGGUCAGCCCGUCGUGGACCGAUGUCGUCGGCACGCCCUUUGAGAGCGUCAGCGGGAUCCCAAUAUCGGAUUUGAUCGUCAGCGAAAACAAGACCGCCUUCUCCGACGUGGUCGAGUUGAUGAAGCGAGAUGAUUCUCGGAGCUACCGAAUCAGCUUCGCCAUCCACCUAGGGCCGCUGUCCAUGCUGCAACCGAUCGACUGCGCUUGCAACGCCCCCGACUCGGGACCGCAAAUCGCCAACCUCGAGGCGCAGGGGAUCAUCGUCUACGACAGUGUCUCCAGCGAGGAAAGCCACGUGAGCCCCCAUCCCAACCCCACUACCCCCCUCCGUGCGUCCCUCGACGCAGCCGUGCUGACGACGUACCCAAAGACGAUGUGGAUGAUCCGUCCGUGGGUGCCUCCGCAAGAGGUCAAGAUCGACUUGCCCGGGGUCAUCGUCGACUCCCUCGGCUCGGGUGCCGAGGUCCUCGCCAGCUAUCUCACCCAGCUGGCCGAGUCCGACGGCCGCGACGCGGAACCUCGGGACCCGCCCCCGCCCGUGCUCUGCCGCAUAUGCGAGCGUCAGAUCCCUCCGUGGUGGUUCGAGAAGCACACCGACUUGUGUCUGCAGGAGCAUCGCGCCGAGAUGGAUGUCCAGAUGGCCCAGGAGAACUUGACCGAGCACCGCCACGCCAUCGUCAAGGUGCUCGACGCCUUGGAGGCGCGCAAGAGCCGCUCCACGUCUGGCGAGCAGAGCGCCGGGCCCAUGGCCGAGUACAAGGGCAUGCCCAUCGGACCGCCUCCGUCGACGCAGUCGUCCCCGGGGACUUCCCUGGCCCGUCCGCGGGAUGGGACCGGCGGCUUCGGCCACUCCAGGGGUCGCUCGUUCGCGAUCCGAAGGCCGCAAGCGCGCAUCGUGGAGCUUCUCAUGGACCUCUGCGACACUGCCAUCGAAAUCAGCGGCCCCGCGAUCAAGGAGAGCACGUCGCAGCAGAACGACGGAGAGAUUCGCACGCAGUCCCCGCAGUCCGAGUCGAGAAUAUCGCAGGUCCUGCAGUGGCACUCGCCGAGCUCCAACACCCUCGAGCAAGAGCAGGGCCUCUCCCUGCUCUGCGCCGACACCGAGAGGGCCGCCAGAGCCAAGGUGGAUGCGGUGUUCCGCCAUCGGCGCAUCAUCGAAUACGCGGAACGAAUCCGUAUCGAGCUCGCCAUGCUGGUGCAGGACUGCAUCGAGGAGGCCCUGAGAAAGGCCGCUCGGGUCGCGGCCGGUCAGCUCAGCGACUCGUCCGAGGAGGAGGGCGACGUCGGCCAGGAGGACGUUCGCGAAGAAUACCAGGACGUCACGGACGACGGCGAAGAGGUCGAAGGACCGCGCGGUCGUGCCGAGGACGACUUUGCGAGGCGGUCGACCAACAACCCGUCGGCGCUGGCCACGGCCCUUCGCCAGAUCAACAUCUCGGCGAGCCCCAGCCGAUCCAGGUCCCGCCCGACGUCCUUUCUCGCCUCGACCAGAUCCAGCAGCCCGAGGGAAUGCCCGACGCCGCGCUCGCACGCCGAAGGCGGGUCGGGGGCCCAUUUUCCGCCCCGAGAGGCACGCAGAGGGUCCUCUUUGUUCUACGAGGCGGAGGUGGGCGACAGCGGAGAGAGCCUGCGGUCGUCCUCCGUCGCCUCUCGCGGCGCACAGCGGACGGAAUCUCCCAUCUCGGAAUUCGGCGACCUCAGGCGUGCGGCGAGUGCGAGACGGCACAACCGUCGAAGCCUCGUCAUUCCCGGGGCCACGUCCCCUCGCCGUCAGGAAUCGCCGUCCCGCGCCAUGCAGCCGUCGUCGCCGCUGCGGAUCAAACCAAGGAUGCUCCCCUUCUCGCAGGAGGGGUUGGCGUCCCCCGAGGGCUCGCCCAUGUUCACGAGCAGCGAGUUCAGCUCCCCCGUGUCCCACCCGACCAGGCAUCACCGGAGGCAGUCCUCGGCCGCCAUAUCGGAUCUGAUGGGCCUGCGAGGGCCGCCGUCCCCGCGGCUGGGCAUGUCGCAGCCGCCUCCCCAGCAGCCACGACCGGCGCAGCCGUCGAUCAAGGAUUUCGAAAUCAUCAAGCCCAUCAGCAAGGGGGCCUUUGGCAGCGUCUACCUGUCCAAGAAGAAAUCCACGGGCGAGUACUUCGCCAUCAAGGUUUUGAAAAAGGCCGACAUGGUGGCCAAGAACCAAGUCGGAAACGUCAAGGCGGAGCGGGCCAUCAUGAUGUGGCAGGGGCAGAGCGAGUUCGUCGCCAAGCUCUACUGGACAUUCUCGAGCAAGGACUACCUCUACCUCGUCAUGGAGUACCUGAACGGCGGCGACUGCGCCUCGCUCAUCAAGAUCCUGGGCGGGCUCACGGAGGACUGGGCGAAGAAGUACCUCGGCGAGGUCGUGCUGGGCGUCGAGCACCUGCACGAGCGAGACAUCAUUCACCGCGACCUCAAGCCCGACAACCUGUUGAUCGACCAGAAAGGCCACCUCAAGCUCACCGACUUUGGCCUGUCCCGAAUGGGCCUGGUGGGCCGCCAAAAGCGUGCUCUGAACAGCGACGCGGCGGAUACGACGCCGGACCUGCUGAGGCAAGGCCCGUUCGCCCGUUCCACGUCCAUGGCUUCGUCUCGAUCUGCCUCGCUUGAUCUGCACGGCCACGUGCACUCGCCGAGCACGACGCCGCAGAUGACGCCGGACAUUGGCAGUACGGGCCACCCGUCCUACUUCAGCCUAGCCUGCGUGCCUCCGGAGCCUCGUCGGGUGUCCAGCAGCCAUCGAAGCGACAGCGGUGGGAGCGAGGCCAUGACGCACAUGCUCUCUUCGAUGACGCUGAACGACACCGAUCCUGGCGCUCAGCCUCCCAGGGCGAGGAUGGCCCCGGACGACGACGCGCCGGCCCAGGGGUCGCCCGACAUUCCGGCGAUGAACAUGAACAGGCUCAGCCUCGACACCCACGCGCGCAAUCCGCUACCGGCGUCCAAGAUGAUGCCGCCGCCCAUGGCGCUCUUCGAUCCCCUCGACGCCAAUCGUCGCUUCGUCGGCACGCCCGACUACCUCGCGCCGGAGACCAUCAAGGGAGACAAGCAGGACGAGACGAGCGAUUGGUGGUCGGUGGGUUGCAUCAUGUUCGAGUUCCUGUACGGAAUCCCCCCCUUUCACGCGAGCGAAGCCGAGAAGGUUUUCGAGAACAUCCUGGCGCGCAAUAUUCAAUGGCCCGACGAGUCCGCGUGCGAGCCGGUGUCCGACGAAGCCAAGGAUAUCAUCAACAAGCUCCUCUGCAUUGAUCCCAAGCAGCGGCUCGGUGCCAACCAGGACGAGAAGUUUGCCUCGGGCGGCAUGGAGAUUCGCAGCCAGGCCUGGUUCAAGGACAUCAACUGGGACACCUUGGUCGAGGACGAGGCCCAGUUCGUACCCCAGCCUGAAAACCUGGAAGACACCGAAUACUUCGAUGCGCGAGGCGCCGUCCUCCAAUCUUUCGCCGAGGAGUUGGAGGACCAGCCAUCGCCGCAGUCGUCUGCCGCGGGUUCUGAUUACCCGGAUCGACCGCACGACGCGCUGUCGCGGGUGAGAGCUCAGGCCAACUCCGCCAGUCGCAAGUUGAUGCCCCUUCACAUCCCGCCACACGUGCGAGACCCGAAGCUGAGGAGACUCAGCGAGCCUGUUGCGACGGAUGACUUUGGGGCCUUCACCUUCAAGAACCUGCCGGUUCUGGAGAAGGCGAACAAGGAUGUCAUACAGAAGCUGAGGGCCGACGCCUUGGCCGCGCAGAACAAGCAGCCCUCCGUCAGUCCCGUCACGGCGGGCAGCGCGACGUCUCCCGGCGCGUCCCUCGAUGCCAGCCCUGUGCUGUCCACGCACGUGCACAGGACCAUCUCCAACGCCAAGGCGGGCAACCGGCCGCAGUCUCCGUCGGGUUUUAGCCACUCCAACUCGUCGCCGAGUCGGGCCUCGCAGCCUUCGUCGCCGUUGCUCGUCUCCUUCGUCGCCGGGCAAGGAGCGGAUGGGCGAAGGAAGGCCUCGAGCAACUCGUCCAGCCUGUCGUAUCAGUCGACGACCUUGCAGCCUGCCGCGGCGCUCGAUGUCCUGAAGGCGGUGCCGACCCUCCACAAGGCCGCCACGUCGAUUUCCGUGUCGCCCAUCAAGGGCCGUGGAGCGGCGGCCAUGCCCCUGGCGCUGUCGCCUCAGAAGCUGGCCGCCGCGCCGCAAGUCGGUGGCGCACUGUCGACGGGGCGCUCGAGAUCCUUGACGGUUGGCUCGCAGGAGUCGAACCCGUCGACGUCAGAUGCUUUGCAUCGUCACCGUAGCCGAAGAAGUCAAAUAUUCGACAUGUCUCCGUCCUCGUCCGACAACGAGGGCGACAAGCACAACGCCCUGCUACGGGUGCAGCGACGCCGGCAGAGCUCGAGGCGGCUUUCGCAAAUCGCAUUCGACGACGGUCCUACGUUUAGGCCGCUGGACGUUUUGAUCUGCGAGGACCAUCCCGUUUCGAGGAUGGUGAUGGAAAAGCUGUUGGAAAAGCUGCGGUGCCGCACCAUCUCGGUGGCCAACGGCUCCGAGGCCAUACGCUACUCGAUGAGCGAGAUCAAGUUUGACGCCAUCUUCUUGGAGUACAAGCUGCCGCAAAUCAACGGGGCAGACGUCGCGCGCAUGAUUCGCGAGACGAAGAACACCAACACCCACACGCCGAUGGUGGCCAUCACGGCAUACUUGAAGGAGUUGCAGGGGCCCCAUCACUUUGACUCUCUGAUCGAGAAGCCCAUCAGCUCGUCCAAGCUGACGGAGGUGCUGCGCACCCUUUGCCAGUGGAGACCAGAUUCGCCAUUUCGGGCCUCCUCCGGCCCGCUGCCGCAUCCCAGCAUCCCCAUCGGCCUUCGAAAGGUGCCUCCGCGAGCAGACGACAGCCCUACAUCCGGCAUCUCGGCCUUUGCGGGUCGUCAAGGAUCAGGCGCCGUUUCGAGCCGAGAGGAUUCCAUCGGCUCGAGCGUCUUUGGAGACUCGGAACCCAGCACCAUGGACGGGGUUUCCGUGGCCAUCAGCCGCAAGGGGACCGGCGAAUGGGACGAAACCGGGCUGGGGAUCAACGAAGCGGACAUCUUGACGGGCGCAGGACCGUCGUCCAAGGGGGGCCCAUCCUUCGUAGCGCAGCACUCUUCGCCGGGGCGGAUGGAAGCCCCCCCGCGGCCGGCGGAGAAGGGGAAGCCGCCGAUGGAGGGCGCGGAGAAGCAGGCGACGACGGGAACGGAGGCUGGCGAUGACAAGGGUGACGAGGGCGACGCGACGUCGGAUGUGCCAACCCGUCGGAAUAGCAAGCCCCUGCAUGGCAAAGCGGCGUUGCCAAGCUCCAAGCUAGGGAUUGAGAUGAUGCGAGCCGACAGCCACGACAGCGUGACGAUGAGCUCGGAGACGACAUCGGAGGCCGUGACGCAAGUCGCGACGAGUCCGUUGCAAGAAGCUGCAGCGCCCUUGUCGGAACCAGUCGACGACAACGCAAUGGGCCCGCCUUUCAACGGCGGUACGUUUGAAGUCGGCGCGACGGGGAAGACGGAAGCGUCGGACACUCCGCGUCAGCAUGGCGACACAUGA